UUAGAUCGUAAUACAGAAUUAAUAUUAAAAGGCAAUCUUUAUGUAGAUUUUCCUUCAACUGCUAAAAUUAUUAGAAUAUUCACCAGUAGUACCUUUACAGAUACCCACCAAGAGAGGAAUUAUUUAAUGGAAAAUACAUAUCCUAGAUUAAAAGAGUUCUGUCAGAAUCUAGGUUAUGAAUUUCAAGUUGUUGAUAUGAGAUGGGGAGUGAGAGAUGAAGCCAUGGAUGAUCACAUGACCACCGAAUUAUGUUUAAAAGAAGUUGAUCUCUGUAAUAAAUUAUCAACUGGUCCUUCUUUUGUUACAUUUUUAUCCCAUAAAUAUGGGUAUCGAGAUUUUCCCAGAGAAAUAGAAGCUAAAGAAUUUGAAAUACUGCUGAGUAAAAUAGAAUCAAAAGAAAGUAAAAAUCUGUUAAAUAAGUGGUUUAUUAGAGAUGAUAAUUCUGUACCACCUACUUACCUUCUACAACCAAUCAGUUCACAGCUACCUGAUUUUAUAUCAUCAGAUACUGACAAGAAGAAACAAGCUAAAGAUACGUGGAAUAAUCAACACGAACAAAUGAGAGAAGCUCUGGUUACAUCUGCUAAACAAGCUUUAGAUACAUCAACAGCUCAUAAAUAUUUUAGAUCAGUUGUUGAUACAUCUAUAACUUCUAUUAUUAUAGAUGAUUACCUGAUGAACAACAGUGACGAACCACUGGUAAUACACGGUUCAUCUGGUUGUGGUAAAACAUCUAUUGUUGCCAUGGCAGCUAAAAAUAUACUGGACAAUAAAAACGGAGAGGAAACCACGAUUGUUAUACGAUUUUUGGGAACGACCCCUGAUAGUUCCAACAUCAAUGCUUUGUUAUACAGUGUUAUUAGUCAGAUUAAACUAGUUUAUAACGAAGAACCCAUUAAACAAGGAUUGGUUGUAUUACUAGAUUCUUUAGAUCAGUUGGAUACCACAGGUGGCGCUCGUCAGUUGUCAUGGUUACCACGUAAAUUACCUAAAUAUGUUAAGAUGAUCGUAUCUACUCUACCGGAAGCGGAAUAUGAAUGUUUUCCUAAACUCCAGGCAUUAUUUUCCACAUCGACAUGCUUUCUACCAGUAGAAACGUUAUCUAAAGAUGACGUAGAGGGAAUUCUCAAUAAAUGGCUGGAGACCAAAAAACGAAAACUCCUGGAUUCACAGCUAAAAAUAGUUAUGAACGCUUUUCAUCAGUGUCCAUUACCGUUAUUUCUAAAACUAUCAUUUGACGAGGCGUGUCGAUGGAAAUCAUUUACUCCACCAAGUGUAUCAAUCUUACAGACAACAGUUCGUGAUGUGAUCAAUGAUUUAUUUUCUAGAGUUGAAUCGCUACAUGGGCAAUUACUUGUAUCUCGAGCACUGGGCUAUCUUACUUUAAGUGGUGGUGGUCUCACAGAAGCUGAAUUAGAAGAUAUUCUGUCGUGUGAUGAUGACGUAUUAAAUGACGUAUAUAUGUACUGGACUCCACCUAUACGACGCUUACCUCCCUUGUUGCUCGUCAGAAUUAAAACUGAAUUGGGCCAGUAUUUUGUUGAUAGAGGUGCUGAUGGAGUUCGGGUGUUUUAUUGGUAUCAUCGUCAGUUCAUAGAAGCAGCUAGUGAUAGAUAUUGUUCAGAUGUUAAAAUGAAAGAACAGAUGUGUGGCGUCAUAGCUGAUUUCUUCUCUGGUAUCUGGGCAAAUGGUAAAGCUAAACCAUUUAAAACUAAAAGUGGUGAAGCAUCAGAAGCAGAUCGUUAUGUGACGUCACAGCCUGUUAAACUAGGUGAAUCGUAUAAUUUAAGGAAAUUAAACAAUCUACCUCAUCACAGACAACAAGCUAAUCAACUAGAUCUAUUAAAAUCGGAAUGUCUGUGUAACUUUCACUUUAUACUCCAUAAAAUAAAAGCAUCAGGUUUAAGGUAA